AUGUGGUUUAGAAAGUCCGAGACGACGGACGACAAAUUACCCGAAGAGCUGCAGAAGUAUGUUGAUUCGAAGGAGUCGACGAUAAGCGACCGGCAGCUCAAGCAGCUGUUGGCCAAACAGACUGACGGUCGAGAAAUCGGCUCUGAAUCAAAAGACCAAACAGACCCCAAGUACGACCGUGUCCAGCAACAAUCGAUCAAGGAGGCGUAUCGGGUAGAGAUGUACAAGCGGGAGUAUCCUGUUUCGGAGGCAAUAUCGAUCAAUUGUGCCGAACUUUUUGAAAAAUUCCUCCAAUGCGACAAAGCACGCAACGUGUGGAGCUCUGAGUGCGUUCCUCUAUGGAAAAUGGUGCGGGAGUGCCAGCGGAUACAGAAAGAAGCGUUUGUCACGUUUGACUACGAGUACAUGGAUAAAAUAGAGGAAAUGGAUGCUAUCCGCCAGACAUGCGACCGGCUAUUCACCAAGCAUUUUAAAACACCAGAGGACACAGAGAGCCACGAGAAAAACUUCCAGUACUCUUUGGACCUCAAGCACGAGCGCGAGAGGUUCUACGAGCGAUUUGGCAAAUAG